GGGGCAUUAAUAAAGUAAACAAAAACAGCUGAUUAUUAUUAUUACUGGAAUAAAUCAAAUUGGCUUCAAUCAACGUUAUGAAUCUUUUUCGCAGCGCAACUCUUACAUUGCGCUCCGCCCAAUUGCACAGAAUGUUAGCCGCGCCACAAACUGCGCCCAUAGAGGCAGCAAUACGUGCAGCACUCACAGUCAGUUUACAACCAGUGCAUUUGGAAGUUAUCAACGAGUCAUAUAUGCAUAAUGUACCCAAAGGCUCGGAAACCCAUUUCAAAGUGCUGAUAGUAUCUGAAAAAUUUGAUGACUUAUCAUUGAUAAAGCGUCACCGUUUAAUAAAUUCUAUUGUGAAAGAAAAGUUAGCGGGCGAUUUUGUGCAUGCACUAUCCAUUGAGGCUAAAACCCCAAAGCAGUGGGAUGGCAACUACACUGUAGAACCCAGCCCAAAUUGUCGCGGCGGAUUCGGUAAAUAAUUGCAAAAUGAUGUAAACUUACACUGUUUAAAAUAUCUAUAUUGUUAACGAAAUAUGCAAUGUAUACAAUUUAUGUAAUAGAAGGGAACGUCUGUGAUUAAAAAAUUCCAACGCAAUCCUUCAUCACCGAAAUCA